UGCUUCUUUUCUUUUCUUUACCGCACAAAUAUUUCAGAGUCAGAUUCUCACUCUAUCUUUUCAAUAAUAACUAUUAAACCCCAUUAAACAGGCAUCGGUUUCCUGAUUCUCUACUGUUCUCAAAUGGCUGUACCUGCGGUUAGGUUUCCGAUCUUCCUAUUCAUACGAGCAAUCGGAGUGAUUGUGGCAACUCUCGUUCUCUCCUGGACCGUUCAUUAUCGAGGAGGCUUAGCUCUCGUUUCCGAUAACAAAGAUCUCAUUUUCAAUGUUCAUCCUGUGCUCAUGGUUAUUAGUCUUGUGCUUUUGAAUGGCGAAGCCAUGCUAGCUUACAAGACAGUUUCAGGGACAAAAAGCUUAAAAAAAUUAGUUCAUCUUGCCCUGCAAUUUAUUGCCUUUCUUUUAAGCUUGAUUGGUGUUUGGGCUGCUCUAAAAUUCCACAAUGAUAAGGGCAUUGACAAUUUCUACAGCCUGCACUCAUGGUUGGGCCUAGCUUGCCUUUUCUUAUUCGGCAUCCAGUGGGGUGCUGGAUUCGUAACCUUUUGGUACCCCGGUGGGUCGAGAAAUAGUAGAACUACUCUGCUGCCAUGGCAUGUAUUCUUUGGCGUUUACAUAUAUGCCCUAGCUGUGGUUACUGCCACUACCGGCAUCUUAGAGAAAGCCACAUUCCUUCAAACUAACCAUGUUAUAGCUCGUUAUUCCACUGAGGCUUUGCUCGUAAACUCCUUGGGUAUUUUGGUUGUUGCACUGGGUGGAUUUGUUAUUCUCGCACUUGUUGCUCCUACAAAUGGCAAAACAGAAAUUCUCAGAUCAUCAGAAUAGGCCUCAGCAGUGACAGUUUAUUUGUACUAAGAAAAAUUUACAGGGUUAUAUUGUCUCGAGCUGGAUUUGGAAAAUUAGACUUUCUGUUUAUUGAUUUAUAGGAUUUAAACUUAUAACCAUUAACGAAUAUGAAAAGCCUUGUGGAUGGCAAUUAUUUUCUUUUCAAAGUCAUGGGUGGUUGCACUAUAGAAUGCUGUAAGAUUGGCCACGCCGCUUAAUGAUAACUUGCCUUCUUGGUGCUUUGAUCUUCGGAUGA